UUUGUCAAGUGAGGAGGAGGAGGAGGAAGCGGCCGCCGCGGAGUCCGCUGCGCGGCCGGCCCGGAGUACCCAGUGAAGAAUGUGAUGGGAUCACUAGCAUGUCUGUGGAGAGCGGCCCUGGGACGAGAUUGAGAAAUCUGCCAGUAAUGGGGGAUGGACUAGAAACUUCCCAAAUGUCUACAACGCAGGCCCAGGCCCAACCCCAGCCAGCCAACACAGCCAGCACCAACCCUCCACCCCCGGAGACCUCCAACCCCAACAAGCCCAAGAGGCAGACCAACCAACUACAAUAUCUGCUCAGAGUGGUGCUCAAGACACUAUGGAAACACCAGUUUGCGUGGCCUUUCCAGCAGCCUGUGGACGCCGUCAAGCUAAACCUCCCUGAUUACUAUAAGAUUAUUAAAACACCUAUGGAUAUGGGAACAAUAAAGAAGCGCUUGGAAAACAACUAUUACUGGAAUGCUCAGGAAUGUAUCCAGGACUUCAACACUAUGUUUACAAAUUGUUACAUCUAUAACAAGCCUGGAGAUGACAUAGUCUUAAUGGCAGAAGCUCUGGAGAAACUCUUCUUGCAAAAAAUCAACGAACUACCCACAGAAGAAACUGAGAUCAUGAUAGUCCAGGCAAAAGGAAGAGGACGCGGGAGGAAAGAAGCAGGGACAGCAAAACCUGGCGCCUCCACGGUACCAAACACAACUCAAGCAUCAACUCCUCCGCAGACCCAGACCCCUCAGCAGAAUCCUCCACCUGUGCAGGCCACGCCUCACCCCUUCCCUGCUGUUACCCCAGACCUCAUCGUCCAGACCCCUGUUAUGACAGUGGUGCCUACCCAGCCAUUGCAGACGCCCCCACCGGUGCCCUCCCAGCCACAGCCCCCACCCACUCCAGCCCCCCAGCCUGUGCAGAGCCACCCACCCAUCAUUGCGGCCACCCCACAGCCUGUGAAGACAAAGAAGGGGGUGAAGAGGAAAGCAGACACCACCACCCCCACCACCAUCGACCCCAUUCAUGAGUCGCCCUCACUGCCCCCGGAGCCUAAGACCACCAAGCUGGGCCCCCGGAGGGAGAGCACCCGGCCUGUGAAACCCCCAAAGAAGGAUGUGCCCGACUCACAGCAGCAUCCAGCACCAGAGAAGAGCAGUAAAGUCUCAGAGCAGCUCAAGUGCUGCAGUGGUAUCCUCAAGGAGAUGUUUGCCAAGAAGCAUGCUGCCUACGCCUGGCCCUUCUACAAGCCUGUGGACGUAGAGGCACUUGGCCUGCAUGACUACUGUGACAUCAUCAAGCAUCCCAUGGACAUGAGCACAAUCAAGUCCAAACUGGAGGCCCGUGAGUACCGCGAUGCUCAGGAAUUUGGUGCUGAUGUCCGAUUGAUGUUCUCCAACUGCUAUAAGUACAACCCUCCUGACCAUGAGGUGGUGGCCAUGGCCCGAAAGCUCCAGGAUGUGUUUGAAAUGCGCUUUGCCAAGAUGCCAGAUGAGCCUGAGGAGCCAGUGGUGGCCGUUUCCUCCCCAGCAGUGCCCCCUCCCACCAAGGUUGUGGCCCCGCCUUCAUCCAGCGACAGCAGCAGUGAUAGCUCCUCGGAUAGUGACAGUUCCACUGACGACUCCGAGGAGGAACGAGCUCAGCGGCUGGCUGAGCUGCAGGAGCAGCUCAAAGCCGUGCAUGAGCAGCUUGCAGCCCUCUCGCAGCCUCAGCAGAACAAACCAAAGAAAAAGGAGAAAGACAAGAAGGAAAAGAAAAAGGAAAAGCACAAAAAGAAAGAGGAAGUGGAGGAGAGUAAGAAAAGCAAAGCCAAGGAACUUCCUCCCAAAAAGACAAAGAAAAAUAACAGUAGCAACAGCAACACAAGCAAGAAGGAGCCAGCACCCAUGAAAAACAAGCCCCCUCCUGCAUAUGAGUCGGAAGAGGAGGACAAAUGCAAGCCCAUGUCAUAUGAAGAGAAGCGGCAGCUCAGCCUAGACAUCAACAAGCUGCCUGGCGAGAAGCUGGGCCGUGUAGUGCACAUCAUCCAGUCACGGGAGCCUUCACUCAAGAACUCAAACCCCGAUGAGAUUGAGAUUGACUUUGAGACCCUGAAACCGUCCACGCUACGAGAAUUAGAGCGCUACGUCACCUCCUGUUUGCGGAAGAAAAGGAAACCUCAAGCUGAGAAAGUUGAUGUGAUCGCUGGCUCCUCUAAGAUGAAGGGCUUCUCGUCCUCAGAGUCAGAGAGCUCCAGUGAGUCCAGCUCCUCUGACAGUGAAGACUCCGAAACAGAGUUGGCUCCGAAGUCAAAAAAGAAGGGGCACCCUGGGAGGGAGCAGAAAAAGCACCAUCACCACCACCAUCAGCAGAUGCAGCAGGCCCCAGCCCCUGUACCCCAGCAGCCACCCGCGCCACCACAGCAGCCCCCGCCCCCACCCGCUCCACAGCAGCAGCAGCAGCCCCCACCCCCACCAGCCCCACCCUCCCUGCCACAGCAAACAGCUCCUGCAAUGAAGUCCUCGCCCCCACCCUUCAUUGCUACCCAGGUGCCUGUCCUGGAGCCCCAGCUCCCGGGUAGCGUCUUUGACCCCAUCAGCCACUUCACCCAGCCCAUUCUGCACCUGCCGCAGCCUGAGCUGCCCCCUCACCUGCCCCAGCCACCUGAGCACAGCACUCCACCCCAUCUCAACCAGCAUGCAGUAGUCUCUCCUCCAGCUUUGCACAAUGCGCUGCCCCAGCAGCCAUCGCGACCCAGCAACCGAGCCGCCGCCCUGCCUCCCAAGCCUGCCCGGCCCCCGGCUGUGUCACCUGCCCUGGCCCAGCCCCCCUUACUCCCACAACCCCCCAUGGCUCAACCCCCUCAAGUGUUGCUGGAGGAUGAAGAGCCACCCGCCCCACCCCUCACCUCCAUGCAGAUGCAGCUGUACCUGCAACAGCUGCAGAAGGUGCAGCCCCCUGCACCACUACUCCCUUCCGUGAAGGUGCAGUCCCAGCCACCACCCCCUUUACCCACCCAGCCCCACCCCUCUGUUCAGCAGCUACAGCAGCAACCACCUCCACCACCUCCACCCCAGCCCCAGCCCCCACCCCAGCAACAGCACCAGCCCCCGCCUCGGCCUGUACACUUGCAGCCCAUGCAGUUUCCCACCCACAUUCAGCAACCCCCACCACCCCAGGGCCAGCAGCCUCCCCAUCCACCCCCAGGCCAGCAACCACCCCCACCUCAGCCUGCCAAGCCUCAACAAGUCAUCCAGCAUCAUCCUUCACCCCGUCAUCACAAGUCAGACCCCUACUCAACUGGUCAUCUUCGUGAAGCUCCCUCCCCGCUUAUGAUACAUUCCCCCCAGAUGCCACAGUUCCAGAGCCUGACCCACCAGUCUCCACCUCAGCAAAAUGUCCAGACUAAGAAGGUAAAAGGGCAGGGUUGGGCCAACACCACAGGGCCAUGUGUGGGCUGGGCCUGGGGGCAACUGCCCACCUCACCAGCUGCUGUGCCUUUGCCAUCCCAGGAGCUGCGUACGGCUUCUGUAGUCCAGCCCCAGCCCCUGGUGGUGGUGAAGGAGGAGAAGAUCCACUCACCCAUCAUCCGUAGUGAGCCCUUCAGCCCCUCUCUGCGGCCAGAGCCCCCCAAGCACCCAGAGAGCAUCAAGGCUCCCGUCCACCUGCCCCAGCGGCCAGAGAUGAAGCCUGUGGAUGUUGGGAGGCCUGUGAUCCGGCCCCCUGAGCAGAAUGUACCCCCGCCAGGGGCCCCUGACAAGGAUAAACAGAAACAGGAGCCAAAAACUCCAGUUGCACCCAAAAAGGACCUGAAAAUCAAGAACAUGGGUUCCUGGGCCAGCCUGGUACAGAAGCAUCCAACCACCCCAUCCUCCACAGCCAAGUCAUCUAGUGACAGCUUUGAGCAGUUUCGUCGCGCUGCUCGGGAGAAGGAGGAGCGUGAGAAGGCCCUGAAGGCCCAGGCUGAGCAUGCUGAGAAGGAGAAGGAGCGGCUUCGGCAGGAGCGCUUGAGGAGCCGAGAAGACGAAGAUGCGCUGGAACAGGCCCGGCGGGCCCAUGAGGAAGCACGCCGGCGCCAGGAGCAGCAGCAACAGCAGCGCCAGGAGCAGCAGCAGCAACAGCAGCAGCAGCAGCAGCAGCAGCAACAGCAGCAGCAACAGGCAGCAGCAGUAGCUGCCGCCGCCGCCCCCCAGGCCCAGAGCUCCCAGCCCCAGUCCAUGCUGGAUCAGCAGAGGGAACUGGCCCGGAAGCGGGAGCAGGAGCGAAGGCGCCGGGAAGCGAUGGCAGCUACCAUUGACAUGAAUUUCCAGAGUGAUCUAUUGUCAAUAUUUGAAGAAAAUCUUUUUUGAGAGCACCUAGGUGACUUCUGACUUUAAUUUUCUGGCAAAACAUUGACUUUCCAUAGUGUUAGGGGCGGCAGUGGAGGCAAGUAGCAGCAGCCAGGGGGUGCCUCUGGGCCUGGCCCUCCUGCAUGCUAUGCCCUGGGCAGGCCUGAUGGCAGCUGAGGAUUGCAAAGCCUGUCUGCCUUACGGCCAGCCAGACAGAUGUCCUGCCACCUGCCACCCCUCACAGGACGUCAGCUCAGAGCAUGCCUUGUUAUGAGCAAGUGCCGGCCGGACCCAAGCCCUGCGUCCCCAAGUGUGGGGCAGAGGCCCUUCUCUCCGCCAAAUGUCUACACAGUAUACACAGGACAUCGUUGAUGCCGCCACCGUGAAUGGUUUUCUGUCCCUGACAAGAUGACGUUUGUGAUGUCCUGCCCACUGGGAGUUCUUCCCCCACACCCCAGCCUUUGCCGCCCACUCCAAGGAGGCCAGGGCAGGCCCAUGUGGGCUGGUGGCAGGCAAGGCAGGCCACCCACUUGCUGGCACUGACUUUGCCUUGAACAGAUCCCACCCCUUUCCUCCCCCCACAAGCCUUUAAUCGAGAGCCGCUCUCUGUAAGUGUUCGCUUGUGCAAAAGGGAAUAGUGCCGUGGAGGUGUGUGUGUGUCCAUGGCAUUUUGGGGCAAGGUAACUGUCCCAUGCGUGUGUGGGCAGGCCUUGCCCAGGGAGUAAGGCCACCAACCAAAGUCAGUUCCUUCCCACCUGUGUUUCUGGGGCUUUUUUUCCCCUAUAUAUAUUUUUUGUUGUUGAAUUCUAUUUUAUUUUUAAUUCUUUCUUCUCCUCCAGACACAAUGGCACUGCUUAUCUCCAAAAUGGUGUGAUCGUCUCCUCAUUGAGCGGCGGCUACCACCGCGCUGUGGGUAGUGUGUGACCGUGGCUGUACUGUAUAGUGAACAUAGUUGGCAUAUCUUUGUUGGAAGUUUGUUGGUGACUCCACCAAAUGGAUUAAAAAAAAAAAAAUCCACAAAAAGAACAAAUUGCAAAAAAAAGCCUGCCUAUAUUUUACUCAGUUUCAAACUUUAUUAGUCUAUUUUUAAUUAUAAAACCAGAAAGCUGCGAUUUCUUUUCUUUCCCCUUCUUACCUCCCCCCCCCAUUCAUUGACUUGUUUUUUAAUGUCGAAUCUGUUUGAGUUGUUUUUUUAUCAAUAAAAGAAGGGCCAGGGGACAAAGUGGGCACCAGGCGCUGUGGGGGUGGGGAUACCACAGACUGAGGCAGAGGCUCCUCAGCCCUGCGCCCAGACCCAAACAGCUGGCUGCUCCUUCCCACACUUUUUUUAAUUUUGUAAUUGGAGCCCUUGGUGAGGUUAUGCGUGCCAUGAGAGCCCACUCUACCACCAGAACGCUGGUGCCUCAGUGUUGGCCAAACUCUGGAGUCACUGACUGGUUUGACUUUCAUACAGUGAAUAUGCAUUUGGUCUGUACUGAUCAUGGAAUAAACACAUCUCUCUUUUUUAAUGCUGAUGUCUCCCUGACAUUUCUUUGUGAACCAACUAUUGCCUAGGCUAGGCCCAGGGACUCCCCUGGACCCCCAGACCACCUCUGUACAAGAAUGCCUCUUUCUGGUAGCCUGUCCCUGCUUCCCUGGGUACAAAGAGCCUCUCAGGCUUGUAACAGCCACCCCAAGCUGAAGCUGUGACAUGGAGCCCAAGCACCCAUUCUUACAGACCCUAACCUAGGUGGGUGACAUGCUUCAGCAGAACUCUGGCCAAACUCCAGAUAGUGUUCUUCCCUUUCACCUUCCUUCAUCUUGGUCUCCCAUUCACCAAAGGACUUGGGCCACUUCUACCUUGCUUGCCUCUACCUAACUCCUUUCAUUUAAGCUCAGGGUUAACCAGAUAUUCUUAGAUAAGCGUACAUCCCCCCAUGCACAUACACAUACACAUUCCUGCCCAAGAAAGCCCACAAGUGGCCUCCCAGUCAGCCCUGCGUAUGUGCCCACCUGUAUGCACAUGCCCUAGCCACAGGCACAGGUGGUGCUCAAGAACAGCCCCUAGGAUGUAAAAUACAAGUAUGUAAUUUAUACGUAUGCAAAGACAAACUGAAACAUUUCUAGCACUGUUAUGUUAACCUACAUGCCCCUUUUUCAACCUGAAAGGCCCUUUAUGGUCUUACAUUUAGGUCUGCCAAGCCUCCCAGGAAGGGUGUAUUCAGGCAUCCAGCCUGGGGCCCCUUGCUUCCUUGAUGUCCCUGCCCACCCAGGCAUUUCCUCAUACAUCACUGUACUUGUUCAAGUGUGACAUUUUGGUUCUUCGGGGUUUCUUCCAUCUCAUCCCACCUCCUUGUUUUUGUUCCUGGUUUUGUUCAGAAACUUCCCCAGGCUGGUCCAACUGUUGAGCUGGGGAGAUGGUUUUGUAUGCACCUUCCUGCUGAAGAUUUGAACUCUGCCAUGGCCUUCUCCACACCUCCCUGAUGGGUGUUCUCUAACUGGGUUGUAAUUAGAACUGGGAUCUAUUUAAUUUCUCCAGCCAUUUCCCAAUCCUUCCCACAGUACUAGAAAUUUUAGACCUAUACAAGAGUAAGAGGUGUGUACAAGCUCCCACUGUACUGUAUGCACGGAUCGCUUGGCCAAUAAUUAUGUCAGUGAAUCUGAGACUUGUAUUAAACACUUUAGACAUUUGUAGAAGGGAAUUCGUAGACUUUUCACUUAUACUAAAGGUUCUUUUUUUUUUGUGCAGUUCUCAUUGCAAAAAUAAACAUUUGUACUGAAUAUAAAGUUA